AUGUGGACGUUGAACCUGCCACAAGCUUUGAAGCCGGGGUUGUCCCUAUUUCCAAUGUGCUCAUUGCCACAGACUCGGAAGGGGAGGGUGAUAUUUUGCUUCAAAGUGAUUCUGAUCAAGAGAAUCUGGUGGCCACUCCGACUUGCAGCGAUGGGGAGCUACUGCUGGAAACUGAGUCGGAGAAAGAGUGUUCACAGCCACCGCAAAAAAAAGGCUCGUAGAUACUCAGAUCAACGGACUGCAAACCACCAGCUGACGUUCCUCCAGCGCCCUGUGUGCAGAUAUGCCCACAUGAGACUUUAUGCCAUCGGCUCUAGUGCACUGCAAAACAUGCGCGCUGGAAACAAAGGAUUCACCAUGCACUCAGGGCGCCUUCGUGAACCACAGCACCCUUCUCUUGGGGUGUCAAUGGUUCGGUGUGCUGAGAACAAGAAGUGGCCAUCGAUCAUGUCCUUCUUUUGGCUCCUUUGGAUCAGUUGCGCGGAGAUUCUUCCGAUCAAAUUUAUGAUGCCUGGACGACAGGACGAGAACCUGUCUGAAUCUCGCAUGUCCAAAGACCCUGAUUUCCAAGAAAGGUAUGUUCAGAAUUUCUUGGCUUGCUUGGAGCGGAACUAUGACAUGAACCCCGUCACACGUGCAUUGGUGGCUGUACCAGCUUCGAUGGCUCAUCAAAUCAGGAGCUCAAAAGAGGAGGAACAUGCGGAUUCCCUCCAAGAAGAGAUUCUUUUCAGUUCGGAUUGUGAAGGUCAAGAUCCUGGCGACCGCAGUUCACCAUCCUUGCUUCUGGCUUCAUCGGAGGAGGAAGCGGCGGCUGAUGUCCAGACAUCCAAGUAUGGAAAGCUCUUUCGCAUUCCAGGAGAACCAGGGGUGGAUAGCUUUGUCGCCGAUUUUGUCCACAAUCCGGAGUUCGAAUGCAUUCGGAGAAAGCUGGUGCACACCUUUAGCCAGAUCGAUGUCCUCAAAGUUGGGAGCAUGUUUACUGGAUGGGCAGUACUAGAGAUGGUAUUGGAUGCAUUGAAGGCUGAAUGGAAUGCAGCUUGUUCCACACCCUCUGAUGCCCUCCUUGAGGUGCAGCUUUGCUUCAUGGUAGAAAUCGACGAAGCGAAGUCGGAGUACUUGAUGUCCAGCGUAGUGGACUCACAAUGCUCGUCUGGCCGGGGCUUUCUUGGCUUGGAGACUUAUGUCAAGAAACACAAGCCCAACAUGAUUCUCCUUGAGAACGUUGCCAGUCUGUUUUCCAAAAGGCAAGUGGAAGGUGGUGAAACUGCGUAUUCCAUCAUCCAGAAACGCUUGAACAGGUUGGGGUACUCGGUGGCCGCAGGGAUGCACAACACUGCGGACUUCGGACUACCGCAGCAGAGGCGACGGGCCUGGAUUCUUUGCCACCUUGAGGAUGAAGUCCAGUGUUCGGCUGCUGCUCUAACCUUGGAUGUCAACCGUUUCCAGCGGUGCAAUGUUCCCCUGAGCGCCUGUUUGGAGUCAACCCAAAACCCGGUGACCAGUGGCUCUCUUUCAAGGAAAUCUAAGAGGGACAUCACCAAGGAGAAGAAGUGGGAACAGGGAUUCGCCCAACAAUGCGAGGUCUAUGGGAAGGUGAAGCUUCAGAAGCGUGUUGCAGAACUCAAACAGCUGGCGGUUGGAUGCAGCGAUAGGGAGCUUAGCAUUCUGGCUGACCAGAACUUUGAUCGCGCCACCUUCCCAAGAUCGGAUGUGUCGACUAUGACAUGUAUCAUUCCUGGCGGAAAGUAUGUGGCCACAGGGCCUGGUGGAUUUCAUAUCCUCUCGGCCAAGGAUGCUCAUGGGGAGCUUGCGCGCCUCCAGGGUGUGGGAACUACAGAGUGGCUCAAGUAUCGCAUGGCGGACAAGUCUGACCACUCGAUGCGCUCUUUCAUUGGGAAUGCGUUCAGUGUCCCAGUGCACCUCGCAGCACUGGCUUCCAUUCUUGCCAAUUGGAGGCCACGUCCUUGA